AUGGGCUCGGAAUCUGUCAGAUCAGGCAAAAAGCGAGUACCUCAGAUUGAGGAUGAAGUGUCUAGCACCUCCGAUAUCGAUUCUCCAUUAUUCAAUAAACGACACUUUUCAACCGAGGAUGCGUUAUGGUAUGACUCUCCGUCACCCACGGAAGAAGCGUUUACUUCUUCCGAUAUCGAUCCUGGGCACAGUGCUACCGAGGAAGAGAUUCGGUUCUCUCAGGCGAUUAGCGAGGGAGACAUAGCACUAGCAAAGGCACUUAUGGAUGAUGAGUUUGAUGUGAAGCAUUUCUUGAUGCGCGAUCGAAACGCACUCUAUUUUACUGUGAAUCGUCGAACCCCACUCUAUUUUGCUGUCGGAAAUGGGGAUGUCAAAAUGGUGAAGCUUUUGCUUGAUGCAGGCGUGGAUCCAAUUGAAAAAAACACUGCCCCGUUCGGUAGUGUUUUGGCCAAAUCGUGUUACCAGGGAGAUAUAGAGAUUGCAGAGCUUCUGAUUGAUGCUGGAUCAGACGUGAACCUACCGCUGGAAGCUGGCAACUACGGCAGUGCUCUUGCCACGGCCUGCUUGGCAACACAGAUAACGAUGAUAGCCCUCUUACUCAAGAAGGGUGCAGAUAUCAACAUGCAAUUGAUCAGUGGAGAAUAUGGCAGUGCUCUCGCCGCAGCAUGUUCAAAAGGGUCAUUAGAAGCUGUGACGCUUCUAUGCGAAAAAGGAGCAGAUGUCAACCAGCAAUUGACGUGUGGAAUGUAUGGCAGUGCUCUCGCCGCAGCAUGUUCAAAAGGGUCAUUAGAAACUGUGACGCUUCUAUACGAAAGAGGAGCAGAUGUCAACCAGCAAUUGACGUGUGGAAUUUAUGGCAGUGCCCUCGCUGAGGCAUGUUGGGAUCAGUCACCAGAAAUCGUGGAUUUUCUACUCAAGGAAGGUGCAGAUAUCAACAUGCAAUUGAUCAGUGGAGAAUAUGGCAGUGCUCUCGCCGCAGCAUGUUCAAAAGGGUCAUUAGAAGCUGUGACGCUUCUAUGCAAAAAAGGAGCAGAUGUCAACCAGCAAUUGACGUGUGGAAUGUAUGGCAGUGCUCUUGCCGCAGCAUGUUCAAAAUUGUCAUUAGAAACUGUGACGCUUCUAUACGAAAGAGGAGCAGAUGUCAACCAGCAAUUGACGUGUGGAAUUUAUGGCAGUGCCCUCGCUGAGGCAUGUUGGGAUCAGUCACCAGAAAUCGUGGAUUUUCUACUCAAGGAAGGUGCAGAUAUCAACAUGCAAUUGACGUCUGGAGAUUUUGGCAGUGCUCUCGCUGUGGCAUGUGCAACAGGGUCGUUAUCUAUCGUGAAGCUUUUACUCGAGAGAGGAGCAGACAUCAACAUGCAGUUGACGUCAGGAAGAUAUGGCAGUGCCCUUGCUGUAGCAUGUAUAAGUGGGUCAUCGAAGACUGUAAAGCUUCUACUUGAGAAAAGAGCAGAUGUUAACCUGCAAUUGAUAUCUGGAAAAUAUGGCAGUGCUCUCGCCGCGGCAUGUACGAAGUGGUUACUAGAGACUGUGAGGCUUCUGCUCGAGAAAGGAGCAGAUGUCAACCAGCAAUUGACGUGUGGAAUGUAUGGCAGUGCUCUCGCCGCGGCAUGUUCGAAUGGAUCUUUAAAGGCUGUGAAGCUUCUGCUCGAGAAAGGAGCUGAUGUUAACCUUCAAUUGACGUCUGGAAAAUAUGGCAGUGCCCUUGCUACUGCUAUCAGUGUUGCAAGCAGAGGACAACUCGAGGUACCAAAGUUUCUCCUCAGCAUGGGCGCAAAAAUUGAUCUUCAGCUCAAAAGCGGAGACUUUAGAAGCGCUCUUGCUGCUGCUAUUGGUACGAGAAAACUGGAAACAAUCAGUCUCUUGAUUCUCGAAAGAGCAAACGUUUCGCUUCCGCUCAGUAGUGGAAACUUUGGAGACGCUAUCUCGAGCGCACUUCACUUAAAUAACUUUGACAUCAUAAAACUACUUUUGGAAGCGGGGACUUGUAUCGGUCCGCUUUCAGAAGUAUUGUUCAGACGAUCCCUGAAAAGAUUCCUACCAUGUGUCGAGGAUCUUGAAGCAGUUGGGGUUUAUUUUGACAAGUUUAGCACAGAACGUUUAGGAAGAACAUUUAUCUGGGAUCCUCCGGUCGUGAUGAGUGAGACCCAAGACAAUAAUACAUGGUUGUUCGACUACGGCGCAUUGGUCAGGAAGGAGGACACUGUGGAAUUCGGCGCUCUCUACCGUUUGAUUGGGGAAUCCUACGGAGUCAUGGGGCUGAGGGUACUGCAAGGUCUCGUUCGUGCAGCAUCACAUCAUAGGAAGUAUAGGCAGUAUGGGCAGUAUAGUGAGUUUGUCGGUGUGCAUCUCCGGACAGUACUGAGUGUGUUCUCACAGUCGAUGGAUACAUAA